GCUGAGCAUGUCCAGUGUAACCGGUGUGGUUGAAGAACUGAAUUUAUUUCAUUUGCAUUAAUUUAAAUUUAAAUAUCCACAUGGAGCUAGUGGCUGUCAUAUUGAGCAGCACAGAACUAGAUGAAGAACUGUGUCUGGAGAAUGGGUCCAUGAAUCUGGAACACGGUGUGUGAAGGGGAGAGGUCGGAGAUGGGGGCAAGGGGGCUCUUAAGGGUCAGAUGAUAAGAGUCCUGCAAAGUUUGAAUUUGAGCGGUUAGGUUAUGGGUUGUGUUUAAAGCCAUAGAGCUACCCAGUAAAUACAUACUGAAAGGAUGGAUGGAUGGAUGGAAGGAUGGAUACAUACUUAGUGCCUACGUAGAUGUGUAGGUCAGCCUCAUUCUUAUCUCCUGAAAUCCAUACCCAUGGUGGGAUGAAGAAAUGCAGGUGAGGAGAAAGGCUUCUGCUUACCCAUCAGAAGCUUCCUUGUUCAGGGAACUCUGAACCCCCAAAGGAGUUAGCACCUACCUGGAAAAGGAAAUCAUCACCUCUCUGCCCUGACUCAUCUCCAUUACAUGGAAGACAGCAACUUCCAGAGGCCGACAAAUGAAUCAUCAGUUCCUGGUCAUCCAGAGCAAAAUUCUGACCCUCUCCCCAAGCCCAGCUCCUCCUUUCCCUCUGGAUCCCAAUUCCCUAACAUUUUCUCUUCUUUACUAGGCAUCUCACAGGAAUAUCCCAAGAUUCUCAACGGCACCAAUGGGACCAGCGGGUUUCUCCCGGGUGGCUACACCUGCCGUCCCCACUCUCAGCCCUGGCAGGCAGCCCUGCUAGUGCAGGGGCGCCUGUUCUGUGGGGGAGUCCUGGUCCACCCCAAAUGGAUUCUCACUGCCGCACACUGUCUGAAGGAAGGGUACAGAGUUUACCUGGGCAAGCAUGCCCUGGGGCGUGUGGAGGCCGGAGAGCAGGUGAGGGAGGUAGUCCGCUCUAUCCCCCACCCUCAAUACCAGAUCAGCCCCACCCACCUGAACCAUGACCACGACAUCAUGCUUCUGGAGCUGCAGUCCCCGGUCCAGCUCACGAGCCACAUCCGUGUCCUGCCUCUCUCCCACAACGACUGUCUCCCCGCUGGUACCUGCUGUCGGGUGUCUGGCUGGGGCACCACCACCAGCCCCCAGGUGACUUACCCCCAAACCUUACAAUGUGCCAACAUCCAGCUACGCUCAGAUGAGGAGUGUCGUCAAGUCUACCCAGGGAAGAUCACACCCAACAUGCUGUGUGCCGGCUCAAAGGAGGGCGGCAAGGACUCCUGCGAGGGCGACUCCGGGGGCCCCCUGAUCUGUAACGGAACACUCCAUGGCAUCAUCUCCUGGGGAGACUUCCCAUGCGGGCAGCCCAACCGGCCUGGUGUCUACACUCGAGUCUCUCAGUAUGUUCUAUGGAUCCGAGACACAAUUCGAAAACAUAGAACUCAGGAGCAGAAAUGGACGAAGAGCCCACAAUAAAAGCCAGGUUGGCUCACCUGUCUCCUUCCUCCCUGCGUGCCUUCCUCACUCCUUUGCCCCAUUAGCCCAGCCCUUCUCGGCCCCUCCCAAAGUUUCACUUAACCAGUGAUCCGUGUUCUCAAUGUGUCCGAUCCCAGUGGAUGUUUCGUGUUUCAGAAGCAUCCAGUCACUCCCGGUAUCAUGGUGUCCCAGGUACUGCAUCCGGAAACGCCUCGGUGUCCUCAACAUUCCAACCUGGACAAUGUUCCACGACUCCUGCUGUCAGCAUAACCCCAGAUGGCCAUCUGAAUGUUCUGUCUGUGGGACACCCUUAAUGCAUGCAUUGGCCCAUUUCAACCAUAUUUCAUGUCCUGUGAAUGGAACGUCCUUGACAACAUUCUACACCCCUUCAAAUAUUCAUUUAUUGCCAACAUUCUAGACACUUCUCUGUUUGGUGCUCAAGAAGGUUCUAAACUUCCGUGAUAGUUCAUACUGAAAAUAUUCUCUUGUGUCCAGAAUCUGCCCCAACAAUAUUCUAGGUGCAUCUGAAUGAUUAAUCACAU